UACUGCGCGCCGGGCGCGCUCCACUGGCGGUGGAUUCAAAAGUUCGGGCCCGGGCGUCCGAGCAGAACCACCUUCGCAGCUCCGGAUUUGUUCCUGCUCUUCUCCCGUGUGAGGUUCUGUGAGGUGCGGGGAGGAUUUUGAUGCCUGCGGGGGAGAAUGGCGCCCGCGACCACCGUCUCCCAGAGGAAGCAGAUAAAGCGGAAGGCUCCGCGUAGCUUUCUAAAGAGCGUCUUCAAACGACGGAAGCCACACCUUCGUCUGCAGACUGGUGGCGACCUACUGGUGCAUCUGAACUGUUUAUUGUUUGUUCAUCGAUUAGCAGAAGAGUCCAGGAUAAAGGCUUGUGAGAAUAAAAGUGGAGUCAUUAAAAAGGAACAUGUACUGGCUGCAGCAAAGGUGAUUCUAAAGAAGAGCAAAGGUUAGAAGUCAAAGAACACAUUUUUGAAAAAUAAAUGACCUAUUAUUUUAGUUCGUAGUGUUGUGAAAGCUUUUUAUGAAUCAAUUAACGUUUAUUGAAAUAUUGACUGGUUGAGAGAUCUGUGUAUUUUAUAUAUUUUUUACUGAUAUUGAAAUAUCUCAAACACUGAGGCCUGAUAACUUGUUUUAGAAAUUAUAUUUCAUUCAUUUUAAGUGAUUUUUAGUUCAUUUUACUUCAUUUUGUUGCUAUUGUAAAUGUUUUACAUAUCAGAAAUGAAAUCUUACUAUAUGAAGUGUAUUCAUGUAUACAUAUUAACACAAUUGAUACUUAAUUUUAAGUAGUUUUAGCAUCAUUAGCUAUAGAAUCAAUUUUUUCUUUUAAUAUAGGCAACAUGCAGUCAAAUCUAGGUACACUUGAAAUAUUUUUUAAACUAUUUUAUACCUUUGCCAUAAGCAGAGCAGUCUACUUUUUCCUUAAUGCCAGUGAUAUAUGGUGAUAUGAUUUCUCAAUGGCGAAAAUCAGGAAGUUGUUUUCAAAACCUGUCUCCACAGUGGAAAAAAAAUUACAGAACAAAUUGACUUAUUUUCUUUGGUUCAAUAGAUUUCCUAGAUUCAUAGGUAAGGGUUUCCUCCCACUAAGAAAUUAUUUGGAAGUUUAUUGUAUAUCAUUCAGUAAUAUUAUUAACUUUUUAUUUUGAAAUAAUGAUAGGCUGCAAAAUGAAGUUGCAAAGAGUAGUACAGAGAGACCCCCACCAUGUGCAUCCAGUUUUCCCCCAAUGGUUACAGCUUAAAUGAUAACAAUAUCAUGAGUACAAUAUCAAAAUCAGGAAUUAUAGACAUAGGUACACUGAGUAUGUAAUUCUGUACUAUUUUAUCAUGUGCAGAUUCCUUUAACCACAACUACAAUCAGUAUAAAGAACUAUUUCAUUACCACAAAAAUUUCUCUAGUGCUGCCUUUUAUAAAGAACACUUAGCCCCCUACCCCCCCUUCCCUGCAACUCACUAUCAUCCUUAAGCCCAAGAACCACUAAUCUCCUCUCCGUCUUUAAUUUUGACAUUUUGAUGGAAUCAUACGAUAUAUGACUUUGGGGCACUUGCUUUUCCCACACAGCACAACUUCCUUGAGAUCCAAGUUGUUUGUAUCAGUUUGUUUCUUUUUAUUACUGAGUCAUAUUCCAUGGCAUGUAUGUACUACAGUUUAUAUAACUUUUCAUCUAAUGAGGUGUAUUUUGAUUAUUUCUAGCUUUUGGUUAUUACAAAUAAAGUUGCUGUGAACAAUUGUGUACAAAUUUUUAUACAGAAAUUUUUGUUUCUUUGGAUAAUUGCAUGGGAAUGUGAUUGCUGGGUUAAAUGGUAAGAAUCGGCUUGGUUUUUAAACUAGAAAUGGCCAUUUUCCAGUCACUGUACUGUGUUGCAGUCCUGUUAGCAGUAUACAAGAGAUCCUGUUUCGUCACAUUCUCAUGAACAUAAUGGCGUUUUUUAUUUUAACUGUUUUAAUAGGACCGUGUUAUCAUGGUUUUAAUUUGUAUUUCCCUAAUGGCUAAUGGUAUUGCAUGUUUUUAUGUUUGUCAUCCAUUUUUUCUCUUUGAUAAAAUGUUUCUUCAUUCUUCAUUUCUUUUGCCCAUUUUCUAUUUGGAUUUUUUGUUUUUCUAAUGUUGAAUUUGAGAGUUUAUUCUGGGUAUGGAUUCUUUGUUAAAUAUGUGGUUUACAGAUACUUUUUUGUAGACUGUAGCUUGCCUUUUAUUCUCUUAACAAGGUUUUUAGCAGGUAAACCAUUUUUAAUUGUGUUAAAGUCCAGUUUAUUGCUGCUUUUUUUUUUUUUUAAUGAGUCAUGCUUGGGUAUUAUGAUUAAGAACUCUUUAUCAAGCCCUAUGUCCCAAAGAUUUUUUCCUGUAUUAUUAACAAGUUUUAGGUUUUACAUUUAAAUUUGAUCUAUUUUAAGUUAAUUUUUUGUAUAAAGAAUGAGAUUUAGAUCAGAAUUUGUUUCAGCACCAUUUUUUGAAAAGACUAUCUUUUCUGCAUAGAAUUUCUUUUGUACUUUGUCACAGUUUUGUUGGUCAUAUUGUAACAGGGUGGUCCCCGGGAAAGGGGGAGGUUCCCUGCCCCACCCAAGGGAGGGUGGAGCUGAGCAGGAAGAGGAGAAGCAGAAGAAGAGACUGAGGAAGGAAGCAGGAUGGAGCUAGGAGACCUGGAGGAGGCGCAUGGAGCCUAGAGACACGUGAAGAAACUACGCUUGUCUUGUGGUCGUGGACUGGGUGACACAGAUGUGGGUGAGACCCAUGGGGAGGUGACAAUGGCAGCUUUUAUCUUGAUGUUGAUUUUGCUCUUUUCCUUCCGGGCUUGUCUGGUUAUUUCUGACCCUUUGUUGUGGGUCCCCACUGGAAGAUGCUUUAGACUUGUGGCAGGCUUUGGGGCCUUGCUCUGGGCCAAUCCCAUUUGGAUGGACUUUUACCCACGAGGGGACGGGUAACUUUGGGUGCUUCAUUUAGAAACUAGACUCUUUGCCUUACCUGUAUUGUUUUCUAGUUUUAUUAAAGUUCCUUCCCAUUAAAGUGUCAUAUGUUUUGUGUUGAUGCGGCGGAUGGCAGAACCCAUUUAAAAUAGACAAUAGGCAGGUUUGCGGGGUUUGGGCUGCCCCUCUCCCUGUCCUAUAACAGAUUUGGCGUCCAACGUGAUUUAGGACAGAGCCAUCCGUGGUUAGUCAGCCCCAUGGGGAAAUUGGGCUUCCCUAUGGCACUGGCUACCAUAAGCGCAAAUGUGAUUUUCUGGCUAUUUCUGAGUUCCCUAUUACAUUGAUUUGCUUCAUUCCCUCCAUCAAUAACACGUAUUAUUUACUACAGUGGCUUGAAAUCAAGUAGAGUGAUUCCUCUCAAUAGUUCUUUUUCAGAAUUGCCUUGAAUUGGCAAUUGCCUUCAGGUUAAAAAGAACUGCAAACAUUAGCUUACUCUUUAAGGUUCUCCCCUCUAGAGUCUUGGUGCUUCCCUUCCUGCCUUAGCAAAUCUCAACCAUCUUCAGAUAAAUGGCUUCUGAUUUUAUAUAUUAUAUUCCAGCUAGGCUGACCACUUGUCUCAGUUCACCCAAAUAUUUUAGCAGUGAAGAUCCUCAUUUCCAUGAAAAUUGGGACAUUUGACCAUCCUAAUUGCAAGCCAUCCAGAAACAGAAAUUAGUAAAUUUAAUUUAGUAUGAAACUAGUAUGUGGAAACUAUUAUGUGGAAAGGUAUUUUU